AUGGACUACGGCCAAUAUCAACAGCAAGGACAAAACACGAACUCAGGCUACGCGAACUCUGGUGCUGCUAACAACAUCACUUCGCCCACAAACAACAUCAACCAGCACACGGUGCAGACGUCGCCCAUUAUCCCCCAGCAGCCGCACCAGGCUCAGCCUCAAGGACACAACAUGUAUCAACCACAAUACGGCGUGCCACAGCAGGGCAUGCAGCAAGUUUAUGGCAUGCCCGGAAUCCAGGCGGCCGCAAUGGCUGCGACCGCUGCCGCGUCUGGCUCCAAUUAUGGUUAUAUGCCCUCAGAUCCCAACAUGCCUCAAAGCUCCCCUCGUAUGGGCGGCGCCACCGCUAAGAAGGACAAUCGCCAGUCUCCUCGCAUGAACAACAUGACACAGAUUCCCGCCCGCCGAAUGAGCCAGGUCACCAGCCCUGGGGUUCCCAACGCGUCGACCAUGAUGAGCCACGCCGGCGCGCGACCGGGCGUUGCCCCACCUCAAAUGCCGGCCGCACAGAUGCAACAUCCGCAAUCCCCGGAGAUGCCGGCCGGAGGCGGCGUUGAGGAAUCGCCACUAUAUGUCAAUGCCAAGCAGUUUCAUCGAAUUCUCAAGCGGCGUGUUGCCCGACAAAAGCUUGAGGAACAGCUUCGACUGACCUCGAAAGGCCGAAAACCCUACCUUCACGAAUCGCGACAUAACCACGCAAUGCGCCGUCCGCGUGGCCCUGGUGGUCGAUUCCUCACAGCAGAAGAAGUCGCCGCCAUGGAGCGCGACGCUGGCAAGGGAGACGGCAAAGCUGAUGAUUCCGCGGCCGGAGAUAAGGCGUCUGGAUCCGCAGGAACCAAGCGCAAGUCUGCAGCCGACUCUUCGUCAACGAACAAGAGAGCUAAGACGGACACAGCGAGCCCAAGGGACGACGAAGAUGAAGACGAGGGUUGA